ACAGCCAAAGAAUAAAUAUCUUUCAAGAAUGAUACAUUAUGCCAUAGAUGUUCAGUGGUCUACAUGUCUUUACUGGCUUAACAAAAAGUGGAUUUCAGAAGACUGUUCUCCUCAUAUUCAACUUAAUUGCAGUUGUCUGCGGUUUGGUGUGUUUGCCAGCACGAGAAGACAAGUGACCAGCAAAAUAUACACAGAAGAUGUAUCACAAUUUGUAAGCUCUACUAAUAAUUUUCUACCGUCCAUUAUCGUUUUCCUCUCGAUUUGUUUAUAUAUCUACCUGGCAACUAUCUGCAAUCUAAAAGAUGCCCAUGAAAAGAAGAAAAGUGGAUUUGUCACGCUUCAGGACAAUUCACCAACUGACCAGCAGCAAUAUGCGAUUAUUGUUGAAACUGGUUUCAGAUCAAGACCCAUAUCAACAGCCAAGGUUCACAUUGUUCUUCAUGGUGAAGAUGAGAUUUCUGAAACUAGGGAACUUUACUGUCCUGACAAGCCUUUGUUUGAAAGAAACUCAAGAAAUCUAUUUAUUAUGAGUGUUCCUGAUAAUCUUGGACCUAUAUGGAAGAUUCAUGUUUGGCACAACAGCAGUGGCCACUCUCCAAGCUUGUAUAUCAGUAAUAUAAUUAUUAAAGAUCUGCAAACUGGAAUUAGUUGGUUCUUUUUUGCUGAAUGCUGGCUAGCUGUAGAUGAGGGAGAUGGAAAAGUUGAGCGGGAACUAACAUCAAUGGGGCAUGGACUUGGUUUCCAGAAGGCGUCUCUUGAGCUGUCCUUGUGA